AAUGGCAGAGAAUGUAAAAAUUGUUUCUUAUUACUUCAUAGUUUGAAUUAGCAGCAGAAGAAGUUAAAUCAUUUGUUGAUAAAUUGAAUGAUUAAACAAAAUUGCAGAUCUAUGGAUUAUAUAAAUAAGCUACCGUAGGAGAUGUUAAUAUUGGUAUUGUUGUAAACUUAUAAUCCUUUAGGUAAACCAGGAAUUCUUGACCAAAAAGGCAGAGCAAAAUGGGAUGCUUGGAAUGCCAACAAAGGAAAGUCUAAAGAAUAAGCUAAAGCUGAAUAUGUUCAAAUCGUUAAAGCCAAUGCUCCUGCUGAUAUUGCAAAAAACUUAUGAGAGU